AUGCUGUCCUGGCCAUUAGAACCAGCUCCAUCCUACCCGCAGCCAACCCAGGGUCACGCCAACGAUUACUAUCAGCAAGGCCCUCCUCCCCAGCAGUACGGCCAGCCAUACGGCCAGCCCCAGCAGCAGUACUAUCCUCCCCAGGGAGGCCCUCCUCAGCAGCCCAUGUAUUACCAGCAGCAACAACCACCAGCGGACAACCGUGGCAGUGGCAGCGGCGGUCUCUGUGCCGGUCUCAUGGCUGGUCUUCUCUCCCAGGCUGCGCUCACGACACUCGCCUUCAGCUAUCUUUACCGCAACGUAUGA